AGACGGAGGAAGGACACAUCCUCACAGCAGACAAAAGAGUUUUGUAUUUGUUUACUUUCUCUCGCACGGGGGCCGCGGACCAGCCGGAUUAUCAGACCGAUCCCGCCUCCACCAGAACCACUGGGAUCUAUCUCACUGUGCCGCUUCUGGGUUCUUUUCCUCGUGGACGUGAAUGUUUUGCUCGGGUCGGACCUGUGGAUCUUAUUCGGACUCGAACUGAUAUUAUCGUUGUGACACGGUCCUACCAGCUUGACAGCGGUUAUGCUCCGUCACUGACAUGUACCCUCCGACCAGACCACCGAACCGGUCCGAUGGCCCGACCGCAGUAACGGCCACAGAGGAGAGCGGAGGAGAUCCACCACGAGUCGGUGCCACCGGAGCGUCCGCGCAAACCUCCCGUUCGAACAACCGCAGCAGCAGCGGCAUCAGCGACACCGGCUCCAGCGGAGGAGGAGGGGAGCCGCUCUCGCCGGCUCGGUGCAGAGGCCGUUCAUCCGUGGACAGCCUCGGCGUGUUUCAGAAGAGGUCUAUAUUCACCUUCCCUCGCCGCCACUCCAGUGGAUAUUUCUCCUUCGACGGCGACUCGCUGCCGAGCUCCCCGCUCUCCCCGCGGCCGGUGACGGCUGACAGAGCCACGCAGACCCCGAGCCCCAGCGGCCAGGCGAUGAACCACGCCUUGCAGCGCAUGGCUGAGGCGCACGGAGGAGGACGGGUGUUGGGGCGGCGUUCUGGAAGCUCUCGCCGCCCCUCUAGCAUGCGAGACGCAGCAGAGGAGAUGCCGGAGGAGGCAGUCGGACAGGAGCUCCGACGAAUCGGAGAUGAUUAUAACAGAUUCCUGCUGCUAAGGGGGGGGGCAGGCGGACUCGGACAUGUGGUCAUCCAUCCGAACCAGCUGCCGCAGGUCCAGCAGGAGCCCACUCUGCUGCUGUGCAUGGGCCUCCUGCUCCUCGUGAUCGGACGGCUCAUCUACAUGCGAGGCAGCACGAACCUCCAGGACCACGCUCAGGUUUAGCCUCUGGAAAACACCCAGCAGACGUAACCUUUUUAGGAAUAUAUUUGUGUUUUUGGAUAUAUCGCAUCUUAAAUCUUCCUUGCGUUGGGGGUGACCAGAUUUUUUUUUUUACUCUCUGUGCUUUUCUGUUCCAACUGAUGGGGGGGACUUUGAAUUUUGAUGCAGAUCACGUUUGAACACCUUUGUGGAACUCUGUAAUACGCCUGUGUUUUUCCUUCACGGCCUCUGAGGCCUCGCGAUGCAACCAAAGAGCCUGGAAUUUGCACUCCUCUCCUCCUGUCAUCUAAAUAUGCCUCUCUGCAAAACGACGCCUGCGGACAUUCCACUGUGCCUUGUACAGUUUCCUUUAUUCUUUUUAUGUAGAUUACUGUAAGCUCUUCUUCUGUUUGUAUAGAGACUGUGUUCACAGGGAGAUCAACUCUGAAGACCCGGGGUUGUUAAAGUGCAUGGGUCCUGAUAACUGAAUAUUACCUUGGAAAAUGUUUAGGCAGGGAAAACCUCUUGUCACAUAAGUACCCAGGAUGCAACAGACCUGUUACCUGCACACUGCACGAAAAGAUAAAUAUUGCGCCUGAAAACUCCCAUAAUUCCCGGCAGUUAGUGCCUGUUUACAGGAUGCAAAUUCUGCGUUCGCCCGAAACAUACCCCCCCGGCAGAGCAGUUGGGGGGCUAUGGGAGUGAGAACUUAUCUACCUUCCCCUUUGGAUGAAACCACAGACCUGUGAAAUGGAAAAGUCACUUGUGAUUGGCUGGUAGAUAUGUUGCUAUUGGUCACUAUGGGUCAUUAUAAUACACACGUGGGUGACCCCUCCCACACAAUAUGAAUAUUAAUAAUAAUAAUAAAUAUACUAAUCAUUUGUAUAUUAAUAUAUACAUUAUAUAUAUACAUUAUGAAUUGAUAUAUAAUAUGAAUUCUUAGUAAGUCUUUACCAAAAGCACUGCAGUUACUGGAGACUGUAGAUUCAUUAUGAGGGUCAGUGUUUUGGUGUCAGCAGAAAGACUUCUCUUAGAAAACUGGAGCUGCUCUCUCUAUUCCAACAUGUGAUCUUGGACGAGCUCGACGGGAUAAUGUUGAAAUAAAUAACACUGUUUCAAAAAACAUGUCAUAGCAUUGACCUUUGCUCAUGGUAUCCAAUGGAAUCCAUUAUAGCAGACUUACUUACAUAAGGGAAAUCUAUAUAAGCUACAAUUUCAAAUUUUCUAUUUUAUUUUAAGCCUGGUGUGCCAGACAACUGCCAGGAACUGACGGGAAGUGACGCAGGGUUCCAGUUUCUGGUCGUUUUGCAAACCUGCCAAACCCCGUGUCACUUCCCAUCAGUUCCCGUCAGUUCCUGUCAGUCGUCUGUGCUUCCUGCAGAUUCCUGUGAACAGCCGUUAACCUGAAAUUCCACCGAAAUUUGCAGCGACACUAGCUGAAACACAUUCCUCUUUUCGUGCAGUGCUGUGUGGGAACCGACUGGGCCGACGCUUUUGUAUCCAUCAUCUCAAUCCAACAUCUCAAUCACAGUGUCUUUUUAGUUGUUUAGCUACCAUUAAAUAUUGUGUUAUGCUCGCACUGUCAACUGUUCAUCAGUGUUUUCAGCCCCAGGAAAUGUGUUCUUUUUUUCUAGCAAAAAAACGAUAUUUGGGACAUUAAAUAACGAAAUAAGGGAAAACAAACAAACCCUGGACUGAUCAGUACAUGUUAAUAUUGUCCAUCUUUCCCCAGAAAUGAAAUGUUUGAAUGCUACUGUAAAUAUUUUACCUAAACUAAGUUUGUAUUCCUUCAAAGGUACAUGAAUUGAGAAAGCAGAUUUGCCUGAAAUUAGUUUUCUGAACAUGCACAGUUGGAAAAUUGAUACAUGAAUAGUUUUAUUAAUGUUUUUUCAUGAACACGACUUAUUCACCAGCAUUUCGUGCACAACAGACAUCACGAGCAGUUACUCUGUAAAUACCAACCGUAGAGUAUCUGAUACCAGUCUUCCUCUGCACAGACGAGCCCCUGUUUCUGAAACCACUAGAGCCAUUUGGCACAUUACCAGCCCCCCCCCCCCCCCCCCUCACUGAAGUCUAAAAGACUGAGAAGAUUUCUGAGAAUUUCCAAACCACUUUCAUCACCAGAUCCAUUGUGUGUGUUGAUUUGUACAAAGUCCCAAACAAACAUUCAGGGGCUUCACUUUCUUUGCUCUGGUUGUGUUUGGCGUCUAAACAAAGAUUUGGCACCUUGAUAAUCCAAAGCAAGAAAAGAUUACUUCACUCAUUAAUACAGUGAUGCUAUUUUAAACCGUUUAAAUCCUUUUAAAGUGUUUAAUUGUGUCAUGACUCAAGGUCACGUUUACUCAUGUCCCGCCCCUCUGCGUUUACAAACCUUCAUUUGACAUCAUUUCAACAUCUUCCACAUUAAGUGACCGAACCAGUCCUGUUCCCGUUACCAGUCUCAGUCUCUGGAUUUGUCAUUAGUGGCUGCACUGAGUGUAGCAGGCGUGUACUGGUUUGUUGACAAGGUCAUGUUAUCCGUUUAUUAGCACAGUGAGUCAGAAGCAGGCCAAGUCUCCUCACGCCUGCCAGGUCAUUAAACACUCACAAGAGAGAUUUCUGGACAGAAACCAAACACUGGAUAACAGGGUCACAGAGGGUUUUGUUACUGCCUGGUUAUCUAACAGUAACAACAAACACUGAUAGUACUUUUUCUUUUCUUUGUAUAUAUGAAAAGAUAUCAGUCAUGGGGAUUUUAUUAAUAAGGUCUUGGUUUCUGAUUACUAAAAUGGUUAUUAGGAGUUACAGCUGAUUCAAUCAACAGAUUGUGAAAGUCUGAAAACUGUUAAAGGCCAAAAUCCAAAAUAUGAAAUGCCGUUUAAGAUGUGUCAUUGACCUGAACAAGACUUAUGCAAGAGAGAUUUGACCUAAGCACCUUAUGUCAUCAAGAGAUCCUACGUGUGUCGUAUGUUUUGUCUUUUUCACGUAAGUGAGGAAGCCGACUCGUAAAAUUACACAAUUGAGAUAAAGUGUUAAUCUUUAAUGUGAUCUCCUCUGGCCCCGAGAACAAACAUAUUUUAAAGAAUCAUUUAUCCUGCGUUCAUGUACGUUAAGAGAUCCGUCACUUUCAACUUGCUUAUGGCCACUAGAGGGCACUGCAGAAUGGAACGUUCCUGCAACAACAAAUUUGUCGAUGGUCACAUGACUAAUGUGGUUUCUUACCAACUUGUAAGGUUCUGGCAACGUCGACAUUUCUCACUCACGGGAUCCUCUUGCAUGAGCUAUUGGCUACACUGCCCCCCCCCCCCCCCCCCCCCAUGAUUCCCACAGGUACUGCUCUGUUUUGCCUUAAAGGUCCAGUGAUGAGAGAGACCACAGAGAUUUAUAUAAAACUACCAGGUUUUUUAUUUUUUGGGCUGUUGUUGAUGGUACCAGUGAAAUAUUCUGUUGUUUUGAUCUGUAUCAGUUAAUCACAAAAUCACAUCAGGUGCAGUUUGACUGGAAUAAAAAUGGAAAUGCAAUUUGUUUUAUGUUUGGUGAGAUCAACUGUCACUGAAACGUCCUUUAAGGCAAUUUGACCGAGAUCUGAAUAAGGAGAUUUUCAGGAAUCCUACUUGAUGCAUUUAAAAGCUUUACUCCUCAGUCGGACUUAAUCCGAUUCAAAUGAAAGUGUCGGUUGUUAUUUGUGUUACGUGUGUUGAAUUAAUGGGAGGUCCUCCAGACCGGCAGCAAAUCAGAGCAGCAGCCGACGUUUGUUGUAAAACAUUCCAUAACCAAAGUCCAUGAGUCAUCUUGGAUGUUUGCACAGUUCUGUCAACUCCAAUUCCUAACCGAUUAAGUGUGAUCUGACUUUCAUAGUUCCUUAAACUCUCAAUACAUCAGCCAAGAUCUGCAAUCACACGUUUUAAUGGUUAAAUCAGCUGCUCAGCUUCGAAGCUUCCCUUUCAAACUUCCUGCAUUGCAUCAGGUUCUCUGUCCAGCUGCGUGCAUGACGUGUCAAAGAAAAAUCCAGAAAUCCUCCACACUGAUCCACCUCUGAUGUUACUGCUCCUGGAGAAAUAGUGUUGAGGACAGAAAUCGUGACGUUUCCAUUCUUAAAAGAUGGAUUAGACGUCCAAGGGCCCCAACUGACUAUAGCGCCAAAGCCAAAGAAUCUGAUUGGCAAUAACAAAUAUCAUUUGAAAUCAUGCGAUCACAAAUGGCCUCUAAAAUCCACAAAGAGACGCUAAACGUCCACAAAGGGAUUCAAACCGAGGAUGAUGACGAGUCGAGGAAACACAAAGAGAUGAGAAUUGACCAUGAACAGCGGCUCUUUGGUCUUGAUCCUGUUAAUAUGGAGCGGUGGCAUAUUUGAUCAUAUCUGUGUCCUUGAACCUGUCAUCUCAUAAUCUGCCCAUGGCUGUCAAUUGGUUUUAGGAGUAGCUUUUAUUUAUAAUCAAUUCACUUCCCAUUCACAGAAGCUGCCCUUGCGAGUAGAGCCAGUUCUAUUGGUUGCCAACAAACGUCGAGGUAACGACAAAAAGUUAGACUGUUAAAAGGGUUAAACUUAAACUGAACUUCUUGUGUCCUUAAUCCUUCUCUUCCUGUGGCUGUGAAGCUGGGAGCGCUGACUGCUGCAUGUUCGUGAUAUUGUGCCAUGUGAAACCUAAGACCUCAUUUUUGAAGUACUGUAUUACAGCGAGAGGAGAGCGAGAGGAGAGCGAGAGGAGAGCAUGGCAGGGAGGAAACCGAAAGAUGAAUUGCCGUCUUCUGAAACUGAUAUGGAAACCUGCUGAUGUGCUGAUUCUCCGUCUGACUUUAGUAUUCGUUCGGGGACAGAAACAGUCACAGUGUGAAGCUCACGCAUUUAAAGCUGGAGCCGCUUUGAUGAGUCGUGCUGCGGAUUCCUGUUUGUUGUGAGCUGUGUAGGAUCAAUGGAACAGGAGAAUCCUUCCGAGGAGAGUGAGCUUUGGUAUUUAAUGUCUUUCACUCUGGGGCUAGUUUGAAGGACGGCCUGGUUUAUUCACGUCAUUCGCGUAAACAGAAGUUCGCAGAAGCUGGUUUUGUCCACAGAGUCUUAAAAAUUUCAGAAAGCUCACAGAGAUAAAAGUGUCAAAGAUGGUGGCUGACCUGCUUCGCUCGGAUGAACAGACCCACUCUGUAGUGUUUUGAUUUCUUAUUCUUUCUUUUUGUGUAUUUUCCGACAGACCAGGCACGGGGGAUAAUUGUUUCCUCCUUCCGGUUAAAAACAACAAUGCAUUAAGAACUGGGAAGGGAGAUCCGAUCACCCACUUGUGAAUGCCUGGUGAUGUCUGGUAUGAACCGGGGCCUGUGGUGUGUCGUGCUUCUGCAGUGCUGUACAGAAAUGCAUCUGCUAGAGCAUGUGUGUACAGAUAUAACAAACUCAAUGACUCCAAAUGACCCAGUACAAAUGUAGCAAUUUUGUAUUCUUUUUUGGGGGGGGGUUGGGGUUUCUGUACUGUUAUGUACGUUGAACAUAUUUGUAAUUAUGUUUUAAAUUUCUUUCAAAUGCUGUUAUUGCUUUAAAUAAAGCCUUUUCAUCUUUUUA